AAAAUAUUAAUAUAUUAUAAAUCCAAUCCAUACAUAGGUGUGUACAAAUUGCAAGUGUGUAAGACGUUAAUUACUUAUUUAUGUGAUAUUUCAGUUUAAAAACCGUCUUUAUUUUUUACAAUGAAUUAGGAUGGGUGCAUAACAAUGAGUACAGUUUGCGUUUUUAUUUAUUAGUUAUUACUUACUACAAUUAUUAUUACAGGAUAAUUGUCCAUUCAAAAUUUAAUAAUUUAAUAUUUGUUUCAUACCUUCAUUUUUUGAACAACAUAUGUUUACUAUCAAUCACUUAUAAUGGCACCUAGCCACCUAGGUACUUAAAAUCUAGUUUCGACUUUAUUGUUGACAUUUACUAGUAGUUACUAAGCAAAUUAGUUCUGUUACGUCUUUAAUGAGUUUUAAGUAUAUUUUGUAUUAUUAAUUACAAAUUGUCCGAAAAUUAGAACAAUAUUGCAAUCUCAAAUAUUCAAAAUAUUUACUACUUACAUACCUAAUAAUAUAACGAUGCAGACAACAGAAUUACAACGUCCAUCAGGAGAAAAGAAAAUUGACAGCAAAAUGCGGGUUACCGAUGUGCAUUGGUAUGAAAACGAAAUAUCAAAAAAUAUUACAAAACUCAGCUUAAGUAACUGCAACGUUAACCAAGAAGUAUUGAACAAUUUAAGCAAGUAUUUAAAAAUGGAAGAAUGUCUUGUUAAUGAACUUGUACUUGACAGAAUUAAUCUAUCAAAUUUAAAUUAUUUAUGUUGCUUAACACCAGAUACCAAAGUGAAAAAAUUAUGGCUGAGAUUUUGCCAACUUAAAGAUAAAGGAGUUAAUAAUCUUUUGGUUAUUUUGGAUGAGACAAGUAGAAAUACACAAUUGAAUUCAUUAUACUUAGAUUGCAAUAGUAUAACAUGCAAAGGAGCAAAACAAAUAGCACAGGUUUUAAGAACUAAUAGAACAUUAAAAUCACUUUCAUUGGCUAGAAAUUUGAUAAAGGAUGAAGGGGCAUUUGCUUUAGUUAGUGUUUUAUCAACAUUUCAACUUAAUGAUUAUGAAACCAAUUGGAAAUCUAAGCAAGAACAACAGCGCAAUAGACUCUUAGAAUAUUUGACUGAUAUUCUAUCUCAAAAAUUAAAAGAAAAAACUAUUUCAUCAAAUGAUAGUAAUAACAAUGAUGUGUUGUCAUCAAUUGAAGUGGCUAAUUUGAAACAAAGAGCUGAAAGUAUGAUUGUUCCACACACGCACCCAUAUUUAACAGGACAAUUAUUAAAGAGUGGUUUGAGUUAUCACAGUCCAGGAAAUUUUAAAAUUGCAUAUUUAAAUAUUUCAUAUAACCAGUUUAGCUCAAACAUUUUAAAUGUUAUAGAACAAAUAAUUCAGUAUCAGCAAAAAGUUUGUGUAGUUAAAGAAGGACUUCAAAAUUUAAAAAUUGAAGGGUUUGAUAUGAAGCAAAUAGAAAGGAUAAACAAAUUAAUCGAAGGAAAGCUACGUCAAGAAAAUAGGAGUAAAAAAUUUCGCUGA